GCAAAGGGAGAGGGUGCCAUGAUUGGUUGGCGCCGGGGCGGUGGAGGAGCUUGGCGAGUCUGGGUUUCAAGCCCGUGCUGGACUUUCUCCCAUGUUUCGAGGCUUGCGGGGCUUCAGGGCACAGGGACUCGGCUGGGCGGAAACCUGGAUUUAGUUCUAAGAGCCGUGGGGGUGACCGGAAGUGAUCUUGGGGCUGACCGGAAGCGAGGCCUGGAGGGAAAGAGGAGAGUGGGUCCCGGGGAGGGAGGGGGCUCCCAGCUGAAGGGGGCGGGAGGAAAAGCUGCGAAAGCGGCGUGGGAGCGCCGGAAACGGUGUCUCUCCUGGUGCAAGGAAGGAUCCAGGAUGGCCUGGGCUCUGAAGCUUCCUCUGGCCGAUGAAGUGAUUGAAUCCGGGCUGGUGCAGGACUUUGAUGCUAGUCUGUCGGGGAUCGGCCAGGAACUGGGUGCCGGUGCCUAUAGCAUGAGUGAUGUCCUCGCAUUACCCAUUUUUAAGCAAGAAGAGUCAAGUUUGCCUCCUGAUAAUGAGAAUAAAAUCCUACCUUUUCAGUAUGUGCUUUGCGCUGCCACCUCUCCAGCAGUGAAACUUCAUGAUGAAACCCUGACAUAUCUCAAUCAAGGACAGUCUUAUGAAAUCCGAAUGCUAGACAAUAGGAAACUUGGAGAACUUCCAGAAAUUAAUGGCAAGUUGGUGAAGAGUAUAUUCCGUGUAGUGUUUCACGACAGGCGACUACAAUACACUGAACACCAGCAGCUGGAGGGCUGGAGGUGGAACCGACCUGGAGAUAGAAUUCUUGACAUAGAUAUCCCAAUGUCUGUGGGUAUAAUCGAUCCUAGGGCUAAUCCAAACCAACUAAAUACAGUGGAGUUCCUGUGGGACCCUGCAAAGAGGACAUCUGUGUUUAUUCAGGUGCACUGUAUUAGCACAGAGUUCACCAUGAGGAAACACGGCGGAGAAAAGGGAGUGCCGUUCCGAGUACAAAUCGAUACCUUCAAGGAGAAUGAGAAUGGGGAAUAUACCGAGCACUUACACUCAGCCAGCUGCCAGAUCAAAGUCUUCAAGCCCAAAGGUGCAGAUAGAAAGCAAAAAACAGAUAGGGAGAAAAUGGAGAAACGAACACCUCAUGAAAAGGAGAAAUAUCAACCGUCCUAUGAGACAACUAUACUCACAGAGUGUUCUCCAUGGCCCGAAAUCACGUAUGUCAAUAAUUCCCCGUCACCUGGCUUCAACAGUUCCCAUAGCAGUUUUUCUCUUGGGGAAGGAAAUGGUUCACCAAACCACCAGCCAGAGCCGCCCCCUCCAGUAACAGAUAACCUCUUGCCAACAACCACACCUCAGGAAGCUCAGCAGUGGUUGCAUCGAAACCGUUUUUCUACAUUCACAAGGCUUUUUACAAACUUCUCAGGGGCAGAUUUAUUGAAACUAACUAGAGAUGAUGUGAUCCAAAUCUGUGGCCCUGCAGAUGGAAUCCGACUUUUUAAUGCAUUAAAAGGCCGGAUGGUGCGCCCAAGGCUAACCAUUUAUGUUUGUCAGGAAUCCUUGCAGUUGCGGGAGCAGCAGCAACAGCAGCAGCAGCAGCAGAAGCAUGAGGAUGGAGACUCAAAUGGUACUUUCUUCGUGUACCAUGCCAUCUACCUAGAAGAACUGACAGCUGUUGAACUGACAGAAAAAAUUGCUCAGCUUUUCAGCAUUUCCCCUUGCCAGAUCAGCCAGAUCUACAAGCAGGGGCCAACAGGCAUCCAUGUGCUCAUUAGCGAUGAGAUGAUACAGAACUUUCAGGAAGAAGCCUGUUUUAUUCUGGACACAAUGAAAGCAGAAACCAGUGAUAGCUAUCAUAUUAUACUGAAGUAGGUGUGAGGCAUUUCAUUCUCAGUGGCUGCCGCUUCUUUCACUUCUUGGAAACUCCCCACUUGAAGGGGUCGCAAAUGGAGAUUUGAAGGUCUGCAGGAACCCUAUCCAGGGGAGUCCAGGCCAUGGAGGCAGAAUCCCAGCCAACUGUCGUGGCCCAAGCUCUUGUGACACCCACAGAUUACUGCCCAACAUGCAUUUCUGCAGCUAUCUCUUAGUUAAAAUUUCUGGACCCUGUUGUUGUUGAAUCUCCAUAGAAACUCCACAUCAUUCGGGGUGUGUGUAGGGCAUAAUGAUGACGAGAAUCGUGUGAUGUUUAAUGGAAAGAUGUUACAUUUUAUGAUAUGGAGCCAUGUAAUUUUUUUCUAAUAUAAAACUGAACAUCUAUAUUCAUAAGACUAGGUCCUGAAUCUCUUUUGCAUUAGACAUACUGGCUUUUACCUACAAUUGGCCCCUGAAAACCUCAUCAAAGAGGAGAAAGACAGAGAUAAAAAAGAGUUUUUCUUUUGGUUCCCCUGUAAUUCUAUGACUAACAGUAAUUUUAGCUCACAUUUUGGAGCAUUUAUUUGUGCCAGGCAGUUUGAUAAAUUCCUGAAAUGGAUUAUCUUGUAUAAAUCCUCUUAAUAAUCGUAUAUGAAGUAGGUGAUAAUGAUCCCUAAUUGAAGAGGAAAUGGAGACCUGUAGUAAAGUAGCUUGCUAAGUAACAGGCAGCUAGCAGGUAAUGAUGCUGAAAUCCAAACCCAGGCAGCCUGGCUCUUAUUAAUCGCCAUCCAUUACUGCCACCUUUACAGUACCCUGUGCUUGCCGUCAUUUCUUACUGUGACUCCUCUGGUGAGUAGGACACAACACUGAGUGAGAACUGAGUAAUCAACCACUGAAAGGGACAAACCACACUCAAAUAAUGAUGCACAAAUCAAGGCCUACAAAAGAUGAAAACAUAGAUGCUUUGUAAGCAUCAUCAUUCAUCAGAUCACAGAAUUCGAGGUGGUGAAAACUAGGGAUUUUCUGUAACUCCCAGAAUUCACUGUUCUUGAAUGACCUUCUCAAACUAUUUAUUAAUGAGAUAGGCUAACCCCUGAUUUCUCUUUCCCCUCUCUGCAUCUGCUCUUGGUAUAGGAAGUUCUUUUACUCAUGAAGUGUUCUCUUAUUUAAGCUUUACAAGAAAUUCAUACCGACCCCGUUAGCAUUCUUACUAUAUAUUUUUGUUCUUCCUUAAAGAAUGAUUUGUGUGUGUGUGUGUGUGUGUGUGUGUGUGUGUGUGUGUGUACAUACAUGUGUAAGACUAUGGUCUUCUUUUUUCACAUGUAAAGUUUUAUCCAGAAAUCCCAUUACACAUUAUGUUGAGGUGAAAAAGAUAAUGUUCAAAGAUUAUGUAUUGGAUUUGGAUCUCUGUGUGUGUGUUUUUAAAGCAUUUGAUAAAGUUUAAAUGUUUUUAUACAGAGAUUUUUGUUCAUUAAAAUCAACCUGCAACAUGGUCUGAUUUCUUUUGGUUGCAAACAAAUUGAAGACUUUGAAACUGGAAAAUUAAGUCAAAUAGCUUGUUUAAAACUAACCUGGGCAACUUGACAUAUUAGGUCAAAAUAUUUUUAUAGUCAAUGAUUACCAGAUGUCCCUGUUUUAGGGGGACAUUUCUAGUUAUUAUACUAGGACUGGUUCUCAUCUUCAGGGAAAUCCAGCUCUCUCCUCAACAGGCUCCUUUUUUUUUUUUUUCUUAUUCUGUCUGAAUGUUAAACUGGGAGGGUUGGACUACAUGACUUUUAAGGUCCCUUCUAAAUCUGAAUCUGUGACUCUUGUUGAUUGCAAAUUCUAUUAAUAGAAUUAAUAGAAUUCUAUUAAUAUAUUUACACUUAC